GCAUCCAACUGUCCGUACAUACCGUCAGCUGUUGUGUGGGUUUACUUAUUUCCCCUCUCUCCUCCCCCUCUAUAUAUUUCUGAUCCUAAGAAAUUUAGGAACGUUGAUGGUAUUGCAGCCAAAAUAGAUUCCAACCAACCACAUUGUUAUUCUGUGUGUGGCACCGUUUUUUUCCCGAAAGAGUGCUGCCUACCCGGUGCGUCUCCAGCGUUUUCCAUUUGGAAAUAGGGGUCGUCUGUGCGCGCUGGUGAGCAACUAGAGUGACUCAACCAAGUUUCCCUUCUGUCUGAGGAAUGAGUAUACAUACGGUCGGGAGAGGACGAGCCGAACAGCGCAUGAUUGAAUGAAUAAAAUGCAAAGCAAAGACCUCGACACUGAUUUGGUGGGAAAUGCGUUGCCUGAAGCAAUAUCUCCCCACCCGGCUCAGGACCCAAACCCCACAAAGGAAGACGCUGAGGGGUUGACAAGCCCCUAUAAAACAGGCCCAGCCCAGAUAAUGGAAACCUACACGAAAAAGGACAAAGAAAAGAAAGUAGGGACUCACACAAAACUGGACGUCAUCCCGAAGUCACCUGCUACACCGACGUUGCCCAUGCCUGGCUCAAGUCCUAGCCCCAAACCUAAUAAAGACGCAGUGAAGUCAGAGGACAGACAGAAGCUGGCCAAGGAGCGGAGAGAGGAGAAGGCCAAAUAUCUGGACAAGCUCGGCCAGAUACAAGCGGCGAAGAAGUCCCAAUGGCUGGAGAAAGAGGAAAAGGCCCGGCAGCUGAGGGAGAGCCAGCUGGACGAGCGGCGCAGGAAGCUGGAGGAGCAGCGGAUCAAGACAGAGAAACGUCGCGCCGCCCUGGAGGAGAGGCAGAAACAGAAACUAGAGAAGAACAAGGAGCGGUAUAAGGCUGCCCUCCAGCGGUCCACGAAGAAGACCUGGGCUGAGAUCCGCCAGCAGAGAUUGUCCUGGGCCGGAGGCCUCGGCCAGAACUCGAGCCAGAGAGAAAGCAGAUGCUCGGUGUCGGCGGUCAACCUGCCCAAACACGUGGACUCGGUUAUAAACAAGAGACUCUCCAAGUCCUCCGCCACCCUCUGGACCUCCCCCAACAGAACCCGUAACCUCCAGCUGAGCCCGUGGGAGAGCAGCAUUGUGGACCGACUGAUGACGCCCACCCUGUCCUUUCUGGCCCGUAGCCGCAGCGUCGCCAGCGUGCUCAGCAACGGUAAAGGCCAGUCGCCCCUAUGCCCUCGUUCGGCCUCGGCCAGCCCGCUGACGCUGUGUGCCCACCGGCCUCACCACCGCUGCUCUGACCGCUGGAGGGUGACAUCCAGCACGCCCGACAUCACCCAGCGCCGACGCGACUCCACGCCGAUAGAGAAGAAAAAGAAAGAGAAGAAGGACAAGGAGCGGGAGAAUGAGAAGGAGAAGAGUGCUCUCAGCAAAGACAAGGUGCUGAAGAAGAGACAGUCCUUACCCAGCAUGAGACACAGACCGGACCCCAGUCCUAGUCCCUUAUCCAGACAGCGGGCUGCCUCACCCGCCACUACUCCUAGAGCAAGACCUUCCUCCUCCUCUCCCAGCCCCGCUGCCUCCCCCAAACCCCCCUCUUCAGCCCGGGCUAGCCCCUCCACCCCCAAGGCCCGGCCCAAGAGGGCUAGGACCCCGGCCCGGGUGGACCACGGGCGCACCUCCUCCCCCGUUCCCCUGGAGAGGACCAGGGAGACCCGCGGCCGUAGGUCAGCCACGCCCGAGGAUCCCAAAGGCAAGAGCUCCCCCGUUCCUUCAAUCGUGGUAUCCUCCGCUCUGGCCACGCCCCCUUCACUGAGUACACCAAUCACGACGGCCAGCGCCGCUCCCGCUGAGGUCCCUCCUUCCGCCCAAUCAACCCCCAGUGUCCCUGCAUCGUCCCCAGCCCCAGCCUCCUCAUCAGCCAAGCCCAUGGCGGGCACUAACAACCCAGAGGAGGCCGCCCGGAUCCUGGCCGAGAAGAGGAGGCAGGCCCGAGAGCAGAGGGAGCGGGAGGAGCAGGAGAAGCGCGAGCUGGAGGAGAGAGAGAAGGUCCUGCGAGAGGAGCGUAAGCUGCGGGAGGCGGAGGAGAGCCAGCGCAGAGAUGAGGAGGCGCGCCUCAUGGCUGAGGAGCAGCGCCUGAGAGACGAGGCCCAGCGUGUGGAUGAGGAGAAGGAGGCACAGGAGAGAGCCAGGGCAGAGCAGGAGGAGAAUGAGCGCCUACAAAAACAGAGAGAGGAGGCUGAGGCUAAGGCCAAGGAGGAGGCCGAGAAACAGCGCCUGGACAGAGAGAAACACUUCCUGAAGGAGGAGCAGGAGAGACUGGAGAGGAAGAAGCGUCUCGAGCAGAUCAUGAAGAGGACGCGCAAGACAGACGGUGGGGAAAAGAAAGACACCAAGUCCCCACCUCCCUCUCAAGUCAAUGGCAAAGCGGCCGAGAGCAGCAAAGCCUCUGCUGAUUACCAGCCAAGCCCAGAGAUCAACAAGGAUACAGAGAACGACCAUAGUGGUGAGAGAGACAGCUCCACGGUCCAUGUGGUCAACGGUGUCCAGCCAGCCAGUCACGAGAAUGGCCUGCCUAGCAAGGGGGACAACGCACACUUUGAGGAGAUCAUCCAGCUAGCCAAUCAAGGCAACAGCAGCAAUGGGGGGCGGGAGAAAUCAGAGAGCGACAUGCCCACUGAGCCAAUCCUGGCCUUUGAAAGUGAGGAGCCCUUCCUGAAAAAAGUGGGCCCCAUGAAGCCUCAGCAUGUCGCAGAGGUCCUGUGAGGUGUGCCACUCACGAAGGCGAUUCUUAGGCCCCCCCACCUUCCCGAACCCAGCCUCCGCUCGUAUGGGUAGAGAGCCCCUUUCUUCCCAAAGGGGCACUUUCCCUAUGACAUGUGCCAAACCAAUCAUAGACUGCUUUCUAGGCCCCAAAAAACAUAAACUUUGCCUGGGAAAAGGGCCGAAGAAGAUGAAGAAGCAAAAAAAGACACAAGCAAAAUACAAAACAGGAUAUGACAUCAUCGCCACCCGAUAGGGUGCAUCAGUGUUAUCAUUUGUAGAUGGUAGAAGAUAUCACAGCAUCAAUUCUUCCAUAACAGUAUCGUCCAGAUUUCACCAGUCCUGAGGGGGAAGAAAAAAUACACAUUUGACACUAAUGAGUAAUUGUUAUUAUUAUGAUGAGUUGAAAGAGAAAUGAGUUGGCUUUUUUGCUUCUAAUGUUUAGUUUAUUUAAGUUGAAGAGAAAUGUAAAGACUAGGUACAGUUUUGUGUGAAUAAUGUAAAUGAAAACGUGAGCGUUGGACUAAAGGAGGGAGGGGUCUGUGGAAUAAAUAGUGUAUGAAUUUAUGAAAAGGAAGCCCAAUGUUUACUUAACUCCUGCCUUUCAAGGUUUGCCCAGUAACUAAUAUGUAUUGAAAACAUAAUAGGGCCUCUGUAAAAAGAAGACGUUUGACAACGUUUUGACAAUGUAAGAAUUACGUUGUUGCAGCACAGCGCCAGCUGUCUCCAAGGAGUCCUGUGUCGACAGGUUUUCUGUUUUAGCCGUUCCACUCCUCAAUUAUGAUUGAUUGUACUCUGAAGUGAAUAUAGAAAUGAACAAGGGAUCAGUUGAACGAAAAACAGCACGCACAUGGGUACUCCAGAUUCAGUGAUCCAUUCAGUUUAAUCAGUGUUGAAACAGAAUGUACACAAGGGCAUCCCAUCCCACCAUAUAAAAAAAGUCACCGUGCAGUUGAGCUUUUUUCUAAACCUGAGCAAGAAGCAUGAUACGUUGCCUCCUCCAUUGAGAUUCCACAGAUUCGAAUGUGUUUGAAAAUGAAAUGCUGGUGUGUGUGUAUAUGCUAUAAAUAUAUUUUGUUGUGUGUUAAAGGGUCAGAGGGAGUAUCGGAGUCUUAUUAAAGAGGAAAAUGUUGUCCA